AUGAAGGGCUUGUUUGAAGAGCAACCAUCUCCUGAUUCGUCUAAUUACGCAUCAACAAGUGAAGAAUCCAAAGAUGAUCAAGAGAUUGGCACCAAUGCAAUAUCAAAGAGCGUUGGUGUCUUGAAAAGUUCAACCUUUAGCUGUUUUUCAGCAGGAAUAAAUCGAAAUUUCGCACGUGCGGUUGUGGCAGAGGCAGUGGGGACUUUCAUCUUGAUGUUCUGCAUAUGCGGGAUCAUAGCAAGCACGCAGACGACGAGUGGAGAAGUCGGUCUCCUAGAAUAUGCUGCCACGGCAGGCUUAACAGUAAUAGUUGUGAUCUUCUCAAUAGGGUCUAUUUCUGGUGCACAUGUCAACCCUGCUGUCACAUUAGCUUUCGCAAUCUUUGGCCAUUUUCCUUGGCCCAGGGUCCCCCUUUACAUAUUUGCGCAAACAUUUGGUUCGACAACGGCAACAUAUGCUGGGAAGUUUAUUUAUAACUUGAAAUCAGAUCUUGUGCUUACCCGACCGCUACAAGGCUGCGCUUCAGCAUUCUGGGUAGAGCUCAUAGCAACCUUUGUUAUAAUGUUCUUGGUAGCCUCAUUGACUCAUCAGGCUCAAUCCGUAGGACAUUUGGCUGGUUUUGUUGUUGGUAGUGCUAUUGGACUAGCCGUGUUAAUAACAGGGCCUGUUUCGGGCGGGUCAAUGAACCCCGCGAGGUCAAUGGGAGCUGCAAUUGUUUCGUGGAAUUUUAAUGACAUAUGGAUAUACAUCACAGCUCCAACAAUUGGAGCUGUGGGAGGCGCUCUCCUAUUCCAAUUUCUAAAGACUCAACAUAGGCCUUGUAGUUCUCUGACCUCUCCCAAUACUUCUCUAUUUCAUCAGUCCUUGGACUUUAGAGCAACCUAA